ACCUACCUCGUCAUUUCUUGACUCGUUAAGAACCAUCUGGGCAGGUAAACCCCAGCAAUAGCCAGAUCGUCAAGAAGCCAAAGGAAGAACCUCGUCUCAUCUGUUAACAUUGUCAAUGUUAUCACCUUUUAACCAUAACAACUUUAAAACAUCACAUGGUCUCCAUAACUAGAUCCUGCUGAAAAGUAGCAUUGGCGCGAUACUUAAUGCGCCAACGCGACUUCAAUCGGGCGCUUUAGAGUUUCAUCCUUUUAUAUAAUACCUAAUAGCCGACUCAUCUUCCUAUUCAAUCAUCUCUAUCGUAGGCUCUAUCGUAGGCCACGGGCCUGUCUUCUCUAGGACAUGGCUAUCCUCGAUAUUGAUCUCUCAAGCAGAAAUUCUCGACACUACGCACCCGAAAUCACUACUAAACCUACCCUAUAGUACGAUGCUAAUCUCUUUGUGGUUAUUGUAUCUAAUAGCCACUAUCGUGGCAGGGUCCCCUCUGGCGAAUCAGUACCCUUUCCGAGAACAGAGCGAUGCUACGACUGCUGAUCACAUCUCGAAUGGCCUCUUCGCAUCUCUCGAGCGUCUCUCCCGCCUAGUCGAUAUAACUUACUGCGUCGGCACCACUGGCAUCACGCCGCCCUUUUCCUGUGCGUCUCGAUGCAAGGAAUUCCCAACCCUAGACCUUGUCACGACAUGGAACACCGGAGUUUUGAUGAGCGAUAGCUGCGGCUAUAUUGCUAUAGAUCAUGGGACGUCGCCAAGCGGAACUGAUAUCGAGGGCGAUACCGUGGGUAGCAGGAACCAAGGGGCAAUCAUCGUCGCAUUCCGUGGUACCUAUAGUAUAACAAAUACCGUUAUAGACCUAAGCACGAUUCCCCAGGAAUAUGUUCCAUACCCAUCGCCAGAUCAAGGAGGAUCUGAACCACCCAAAGAAUCAAAACAUACUUGCAAGAAUUGCACAGUUCACAUGGGGUUCCUGGCAUCGUGGAGAAUAGCCCGGACCGUCGUUCUGCCAGCACUUGAACCAUUACACGAACAACAUCCUGACUACCCGAUUUACCUUGUCGGUCACAGCUUAGGUGGCGCCGUCGCAGCGCUCGCAGCGUUGGAGCUUAAAGUCGUUUCUGGUUGGGAUAACUUGGUCGUAACAACUUUUGGCGAGCCGAGGGUUGGAAACGAUGGAUUUGUUAAAUAUCUUGAUUCGGUUUUUGAUCUUGACGGUACAGGGAAGCAAUACGAGGCACAAACAUAUCGGCGAGUAACACAUGUGGAUGAUCCCGUACCGUUGCUUCCACUAUCAGAGUGGGGAUAUAGAUCUCACGCCGGCGAACUUUUCAUAACCAAGUCCAAUUUGCCUCCCGAACCUUCGGAUAUUCAACCGUGUACAGGGGAUGAGGACUCCAGGUGUAUCGCUGGUUCAGUUGGGGAGCCGUUUAGGACGGUUAGCCAAGCCCUAGUUGAAGAACGAGGGCGCGAUGCUACUAUGUGGACCGGAGGACUCUGGGAUAUUCCCAGCCGGUUCAAAUUGUGGCAAUUGUUCUUUGCGCAUCGAGACUACUUCUGGAGAUUGGGUUUGUGCGUCCCAGGGGGGGAUCCUAUUGAUUGGGGCAGAGACAAAUAUCCUAAUUUCACUACUAGUGAUGAAUUAUGAGUCACAAAUGGGUAACACGCUUUGUUUAAUCCGAGAUGAGGAUCGGGUUUAUUUCUAGCGUUCAAUAUGUUACGGUGAUCGAAUAAAAGGAAUCAAAUUUGAUAAUGCGAUCACGAAAAAAAAAGAGAGAAUCUAAUUAAAUUACUUUAGGUAACCUAAUGUAGUAUGAAAUAAUGCUUAAUACACGGAUUGAUAUAGUGGAAC